CCCUUUUAUAACUCCUUAACCACGCUCUCCAACCCAUCUCCAUAUCCAAACAAAGUCCCACCCCCCACAACAAGACAAGGCCCUCUCAUUAGCAGCAGUGGUCGAAGUAGCUACUAGUAGUAGUAGUAGAACGAGAAGAAGAUAACAACAAAAUGGAGCUCCUCUCGCAAAUGUGGUCACUCCUAGGCCUCCUCACCGUCCUCCAAAACGUUCUCCCCUCUCAACUCCUCUCCCUGCUCCAUUCUCUCUGGCAGUCCCUCCAGGACUCCCUCACUCCUUACUCCUACUUCGACGUCCCGGAAUUCCUCGGCUCCUCCGCGGUCGAGCCCAACGACCUCUACCGCCAGGUCCACCUCUACCUCCACCACUCCCUCCUCCACUCCCCCGCCCCUUCUUCGGCUCCAUUGCCACGCCUCACCCUCUCCCUCCCACGCUUCGCCAGCGGCGACCCCGCCGCCGCCAACCCGGUGCUCUCCCUCUCCCCGAACCACUCCCUCGAGGACUCCUUCGCCGGCCACCGCCUCCUCUGGACCCACCAUUCCGACACCCUUCAGGACUCCCUCGAGGAGCGGCGCUCCUUCUCCCUCCGCCUCCCGAAGCGCGCACCCGCCUCCGGCCUCCUCCGCCCCUACCUUACCCACCUCUCCGCUGCCGCCGACGCCCUCGAGCGCUCCUCCCGCCCCCGUCGCCUCCACACCAACUCCCCCCGCGGUGGCCCCCCGUCCUGGUCCUCCGUCCCCUUCCGCCACCCCGCCACCUUCGCCACCCUCGCCCUCGACCCCGCCCUCAAGUCCCGCCUCCUCGCCGACCUCUCCGCCUUCGCCGCCGGCCGGGACUUCUACCGCCGCACCGGCCGCCCCUGGAAGCGCGGCUACCUCCUCCACGGCCCACCCGGGUCCGGCAAGUCCUCCCUCAUCGCCGCCAUGGCCAACCACCUCCGCUACGACGUGUACGACCUCGAGCUCACCCGCGUCUCCCACAACUCCGACCUCCGCUCCCUCCUCAUCCAGACCACCAACCGCUCCCUCAUCGUCAUCGAAGACAUCGACUGCUCGCUCGAUCUGACGGGCGACCGCCGCCGGUCAACCAAGUCCACCACCGCAACUUCCGACGCCAGAAACAGAAACAAAAGGCAGCGAAUCCGAUGCUACGAAGAUUCCGACAGCAUUAAUGAUGGCGGCGCCGAUGACAGCGACGGGAGGGUGACGCUGUCGGGUCUGCUGAAUUUUACGGACGGGCUGUGGUCGUGCUGCGGGGAGGAGAGGAUAAUAGUGUUCACGACAAAUUAUGCGGACGGGGUGGACCCGGCGCUGCUGCGGGCGGGGAGGAUGGACGUGCACGUGAGGCUGGGGGCCUGCGGGGCCCACGCGGUGAGGGAGCUGGUGGAGAGGUACGUCGGAGUGGCGGAGCACGAGCUGCUGGGGGUGGCGGAGAGCUGCAUCCGGGCGGGGGCGGAGAUGACGCCGGCGGAGGUGGGGGAGGUGCUGCUGAGGAACCGGGACGAGCCGGAGAAGGCCAUGAGGGAGCUGGUGGCGGAGCUGCAGGCGAGGGUGCGUCACGGGGGUGGUGGUGGUGGGAAUGGAGGGGGAGAGGAGGAGGAGGGGUGGGAAGAGAGGGAGGAGGGGUCUCCGGCGGAGAGCUGGGAGGGAUCGCCGGAGAAGGUGGGGAAGAAGGGGAGGGCCGGGUGGGAGCGGAGGGUGAGGUUUCUAGGGCGGCUCAAAAGCUUGACCAAGUCGGAUUCGGGGAGGAGGGGGGUGUAGAAUGUAGAUUAGUGGUUGGUUGAGACUUGAUGGGAAGAUUUGGACUUUGGAACUGCUGUAAAAUUUGUGUUAGCUUCUGUUGUGAGAUAAUUUUGUUAGAGAGCUUUUAUUUUUCUGUGUAUGAUUAAGUAAUAUUACGGUU